CUACCGGAAGUUGUAGCUCCUGGGUCUGAGUUUUCGUACAUCCCGGCGGGUCUGCUGUUGCCGGAAUAUGAACAGAUAUGAGUAUUGACAAAUAUAAUGUGGAUAUGAGCAACGGUCUCGAAACUGUUCCUGUUUUAAUUGAGAGUAGCUCAGGUGUACCGACAUUUCCUGGAUUUCAGUAUUCCCCAGAUAAUAUCCAGGGACCAGGAUGCACUGUCGAUCCCUGUGAAGUCACCCUUCCUGGAUGCUCCUGCCUCUCCCACUCCUGCUUGCCUGAGAGCUGCUCCUGCCUGCAGACACACGGGCAGGCAUACAACAGCAGCGGCGUCCUGCUGAACCUUAGCAGAACAGCCUCUGGUUACUGCUCACCUGUGUUUGAGUGCAAUGCCCUUUGCACCUGCAGUGAUGCCUGCUCCAACCGAGUGGUGCUCAGAGGACUUACACUUAGGUUGGAGGUUUUCUUCACCAAGAACAGGGGCUGGGGAGUACGGACACUAGAGGCAAUCCCACACGGCACAUUUGUGUGUGAGUACGCAGGAGAGGUGAUCAGUUUUGAGGAGGCCAGGCGCAGACAGCUUGCCCAGAGGUCUGAGGAAAAUAACUACAUCAUUGCUGUAAGAGAGCAUGCAGGAACAGGCUCUGUCACUGAGACGUUUGUGGACCCUGCCCUGGUGGGAAACGUAGGCCGCUUUCUCAACCACUCCUGCCAGCCCAACCUUUUAAUGCAGCCAGUCCGAGUGCACUCGGUGGUUCCUAGACUGGCACUGUUUGCCGGGCAAGACAUUGAUCCACAAGAGGAACUAACGUUUGACUACUCAGGAGGAUACAGUAACCAACCUCCCGCAGAGGUGUCGUCCACUCAAAGUGGCGCUGCCAUGCAGGCCAGUAGGACAGAUGGACUCCCGAGGAAAGAGUGUCACUGUGGUGCCAACAAGUGUGCUCAGUUUCUUCCCCUGGAUUUAUCAAUUCUCAGCUGAAACCAUCUGAUUUAAACACGAUAACAUGUUUGAGCUAAAUAAAAAUGGAGGGAAGGUUUUUUUGUCGAG